AUGUCAAACGAUAUUCCAAUUGAUUUUACGGAAUUAACUCAAUUAACUUCAUUAGGUAUCAAUCAAUCAUCAUUAGAUUUUAAAUCAACAACAUUAGAAUCUGAUCAUUAUGUGUGUGUUCGUGAAUCUUCAUCACAAGGUAAUUCAGUUGCCAUAAUCAAUUUAAAGAACAAUAAUGAAGUUACAAGAAAAAAUAUGACCGCUGAUAAUGCAAUAAUGCAUCCAAAAGAGUUUGUUAUAUGUUUAAGAGCCAAUGGUACAACAUUACAAAUUUUUAAUUUACAAUCAAAACAAAGAUUAAAAAGUUUUACAAUGAAUGAACCUGUUAUAUUUUGGAAAUGGUUAGAUGAUAAACAUUUAGGUUUAAUUACUCAAUCUUCAAUUUAUUAUUGGAAUAUUUUCGAUGGUACAAAUGAUGGUCCAGUGAAGUUGACUGAUAGACAUCAUAUUUUGGGAUCUUGCCAAAUUAUAAAUUUUGUUGCUGAACCAAUUGAUCUUAAUUGGUUUGCUGUAACUGGUAUUGCUCAAGAAGAUGGUCGUAUUGCUGGUCAUAUUCAAUUAUAUUCAAAAUCAAGAAAUAUUUCUCAAGCUAUUGAAGGUCAUGUUUGUAAAUUUGCUUCUAUAAAUUUAUCGAAUUCAAUUAAACCAACUAAAUUAUUUUGUGUUGGUAAUAAAAAUUCUCAAGGUCAAGGUCAAAUGCAUAUAAUUGAAAUUGAUCAUGUUGAUGGAAAUCCACAAUUUUCCAAAAAAAUUGUUGAUAUUUUCUUCCCACCUGACGCUUCAAAUGAUUUUCCAAUUAGUUUACAGACUAGUGAUAAAUAUGGUAUAAUUUAUAUUUUAACAAAGUAUGGUUUUAUACAUUUAUAUGAUAUGGAAAGUGGUUCAAAUUUAUUUGUUAAUAGAAUUACAGCAGAUCCUGUUUUCACAGCUACUAGUUUUAAUAAUGGUACUGGAUUAUUAACAAUCAAUAAAUCUGGUCAAGUUUUAAGUAUUGAAGUUUCAAAAGAUAAAAUUGUACCAUAUGUUUUGGAAAAAUUAUCAAAUGUACCAUUAGCAUUGAGUUUAUCUUCAAGAGGUGGGUUCCCAGGUGCUGAAAAUUUAUUUCAACAAGAAUUUCAAACAUAUUUGAAUCAAGGUGAUUAUACAAAUGCUGCUAAAGUUGCAGCAUCUUCAGAGCAAUUACGUACUCAAGAUACAAUAAAUAAAUUAAAACAUAUUACACCACAACCAGGACAAAUUUCACCAAUUUUACAAUAUUUUUCAACUUUAUUAGAUAAAGGAACUUUAAAUAAAUAUGAAUCGAUUGAAUUGGCAAAACCUGUAUUACAACAAGAUAGAAAACCAUUAUUUGAAAAAUGGUUAAAAGAAGAAAAAUUGACAAGUUCUGAAGAAUUAGGAGAUAUUGUUAAAUCAUAUAAUGAUACUACAUUAGCAUUGGCAGUUUAUAUUAGAGGCAAUGUAAAUAUUAAAGUUGUUUCAUGUUUAGCUGAAUUGGGACAAUUUGACAAAAUAUUACCAUAUUGUCAAAAAGUGAACUACAACCCAGACUUUACCAAUUUGAUUCAAAAUUUAGUUAGAGUUAAUCCUGAUAAAGCAAGUGAAUUUGCAACAUCAUUAUUCAAUUCAAAUCAAAAUAUAAAUAUUGAACAAGUUGCAGAUUUAUUCUUUUCACAAAAUUAUAUUCAACAAGGUACUGCAUUUUUAUUAGAUGCAUUGAAAGAUGAUUCACCAAGUCAAGGACAUUUACAAACUAAAGUUUUAGAAAUUAAUUUGUUACAUGCACCACAAGUUGCCGAUGCAAUAUUAGGAAAUCAAAUGUUUUCACAUUACGAUAAACCUACAAUUGGGAAAUUAUGUGAAAAAUCAGGAUUAUUUCAAAGAGCUUUAGAACAUUAUGAUGAUUUAAAAGAUAUUAAACGAGUUAUAAUUCAUACUAAUGUCUUACCUAAUGAUUGGUUAGUUUCAUAUUUUGGUCAAUUAAAUGUUGAACAAUCAAUAUCAUGUAUUAAAGAAUUAUUAAGUCAUAAUAUGCAACAAAAUUUACAAGUCAUAAUUCAAGUUGCAACUAAAUAUUCUGAUUUAAUUGGACCAAUGAAAUUGAUUAAAAUUUUUGAAGAUUAUAAAUGUACUGAAGGAUUAUAUUAUUAUCUUUCUUCAAUUGUUAAUUUAACUCAAGAUCCCGAUGUUGUAUUUAAAUAUAUUCAAGCAGCUGCUAAAAUGAAUCAAGUUAAAGAGAUAGAAAGAGUAGUCAGAGAUAAUAAUGUUUAUAAUGGUGAAAAAGUUAAAAAUUUCCUUAAAGAAUUUAAAUUAGAUGAUCAAUUACCAUUAAUUAUUGUAUGUGAUAGAUUUAAUUUUGUUCAUGAUUUGAUUUUAUUUUUAUAUAAAAAUCAAUAUUUUAAAUUUAUUGAAGUUUAUGUUCAAAGUGUUAAUCCACAAAAUACACCACAAGUAAUUGCUGGAUUAUUGGACGUUGAUUGUGAUGAACAAAUAAUUAAAAAAUUAUUAGAUUCAGUAUUAGGAAGGGUCCCAAUUAAACUAUUAGUUGAAGAAGUUGAAAAAAGAAACAGAUUAAAGAUCUUAUUACCAUUUCUUGAAAAAACACUUGAAGGAGGUUCAAAUGAUCAAGAAGUUUAUAAUACAUUGGCUAAAAUUUAUAUUGAUUCAAAUAAUUCUCCAGAGAAAUUUUUACAAGAAAAUAAUAUUUAUGAUACGUUAGCAGUUGGUAAAUAUUGUGAAAAAAGGGAUCCAUACUUGGCAUAUAUUUCAUAUUCUAAAGGUGGUAAUGACGAUGAAUUAAUUCAUAUUACAAAUGAGAAUAAAAUGUAUAAAUAUCAAGCAAGAUAUUUAUUAUCAAAAUCAGAUAUGGAGUUAUGGAAUAAGGUAUUGACUCCUGAUAAUAUUCAUAGAAGACAAUUGGUUGAUCAAGUUAUAUCUACUGGUAUUCCUGAAUUAGAUGAUCCAGAACCAAUUUCAGUAACAGUUAAAGCAUUUAUGGACAAUGAUUUACCUGAAGAAUUAAUUGAAUUAUUAGAAAAAAUUAUUCUUGAACCUUCUGCAUUUAGUGAAAAUGCAUCCUUACAAGGAUUAAUGAUUUUAACUGCUAUAAAAGCUGAUUCAUCCAAAGUUUCAAAUUAUAUUGAAAAAUUGGAUAAAUUUGAUCCUUCCGAAAUUGCCCCUCUCUGUAUUGAUAAUGGAUUAAAUGAAGAAGCAUUUGAAGUUUAUGACAAAUUUGAAAUGAGAAGUGAAGCAAUGAAAGUAUUAGUUGAAGAUAUUGUAUCAUUAGAUCGAGCAGAACAAUAUGCUGAAAAAUAUGAUACUAGCGAAUUAUGGUAUCAAUUAGGUACUGCCCAAUUAGAUGGGUUAAGAAUCCCCGAAGCUAUUGAAUCAUAUGUUAAAUCUAAUAAUCCGGAUAAUUUUAAUCAAGUUAUUGAAAUUGCUGAACAUGCAGGUAAAGAAGAAGAAUUGAUUAAAUUUUUAGAAAUGGCUAGAGGAACUUUGAGGGAACCUGUUAUUGAUGGGGCUAUUAUAAACGCUUAUGCUACAUUGGAUAGAUUAUCAGAUAUGGAAAAAUUUGUUAAUGGUUCAAAUGUAGCUGAUUUAGAACUGAUUGGUGAUAAAUUAUUUGAAGCUAAAAAUUAUAAAGGUGCAAAAAUAUUAUAUUCAAAUGUUUCAAAAUACUCAAAAUUGGCUACUACUUUAGUUUAUCUUGGAGAUUAUCAAAGUGCCGUGGAUUGUGCUAGAAAAGCUUCAAAUAUUUCAGUUUGGAAACAAGUUAAUUCUGCAUGUAUUGAAAAUAAAGAAUUUAGAUUAGCACAAAUUUGUGGAUUAAAUUUAAUUAUUGAUGCUGAAGAAUUACCAGAAUUAGUUAAAACAUAUGAAUAUAAUGGAUAUUUUAAUGAAUUGAUUUCAUUGUUUGAAAGUGGAUUAGGUUUAGAAAGGGCACAUAUGGGAAUGUUUACUGAAUUGGCAAUUUUAUAUUCAAAAUAUAAACCGGAUCAAGUUAUGGAACAUUUAAAAUUAUUUUGGUCAAGAAUUAAUAUUCCAAAAGUAUUGACAGCAUGUGAAGAAGCUCAUUUAUAUCCAGAAUUAAUAUUUUUAUAUUGUCAUUAUGAAGAAUGGGAUAAUGCUGCUUUAACAAUGAUUGAAAAAUCAGAAGUUGCAUUUGAUCAUUCAUCAUUCAAGGAAAUUAUAGUCAAGUGUCCAAAUUUGGAAAUUUAUUACAAGGCAAUUCAAUUUUACAUGAAUGAGAAUCCAUCAUUACUUGUUGAUUUAUUAUCUGUAUUGACUCCAAAAUUGGAUCUUCCAAGAGUUGUAAGAAUGUUUAUCCAAAGUGAUAAUUUACCAAUGAUUAAACCAUUUUUAAUUUCAGUUUUAGAUAAAAAUAAUUCAGUUGUAAAUUCAGCUUAUCAUGAUUUAUUAAUUGAAGAAGAAGAUUAUAAAUCAUUAAAAAGUUCAAUUGAGAAUGAAUCAAAUAAUAGAUUUAAUAAAUUAGAUUUAGCUGAAAGGUUAGAAAAACAUGAAUCAAUUUUUUUUAGACAGAUAAGUGCUACUUUAUACACUAAAGAACGUAAAUUUAAUAAAUCAAUUUCAAUUUUAAAAAGUGAUAAAUUAUGGUCAGAUUUAUUAAAAACUAUCUCAAUUUCAAAAUCAAAGAAACUCGCCCAUGAAAUAUUGGAUUAUUUUGUAGAGACUGGUAAUUAUGAAUGUUUUAUUGCUUUGUUAUAUGUUUGUUAUGAUUUAAUUAGUGUUGAUUAUGUACUGGAAUUAUCAUGGUUACAUAAUUUAUCUGAUUUUAUUAAACCUUUUGAAAUUUCAAUCAAGUUUGAAAAUCAAAAGAAAUUGGAUGAAAUUUAUAAUGAUUAUAAAUUGAGAAAAGAUAAGGAAAGAAAAGAUGAUGAGGAACCAAGAAUUGGUCAACCUUUAUUAUUGACUAAUGGACAAGCUGGAUUUCAAAAUACUGGAUUAAAUCAAAGUGGAUUAGGUUUUCAAUCUACCGGUGCUGGUUUUGGUAAUGCUUUUUAA